UUUCAACCACGACAUGGCUGCUCAAGUUCAUCACGGCUCAAAUCGCGCCAAAACCCGAGCGACGCUGGAAAAGAAAGUAGUCUUCAAGAGCGUUUUAGACAGCCCCUUUCGCAUACCAUGGCCCUCAGUUCCUAUGAAUGUGCAGAACAGGGCUCUAGCCUGCAUCAUGUCUUUGUUGGAUGGUGUGGCGGACUAUCAGGCUUCACGGAUGAAACAGAACAGAAAACGUAAACGGGCAGAAAAGCAGAAUUCCUCGACUACGAAACCUGCCUCUGAUGAACGCUCUGACAUUCCCAUGAACGACGAUCUGGUGGUCCUUCCAGAAGAUAGCGUGCUCCCUCCAGAACCUCUCAUCCUAUCGCACUUGGUUGUCGGCAUCAACGAAGUAACCCGCCGUUUGGAUGAGCAAAUUCGAUCCCUCCGUCAGACGACUGUAAUCCAGGCUGAACCCUCCAAUGAACCAUCCUCUGAGGUUCCAAAACCCAUACGAUUGAUUCUAGUCUGCCGGGCGGACGUAGAUCCCCCCAUUCUGAUCGACCACAUCCCACACGAAGUGGCGGCAUUCAAUUCUGCAUGCCCUGCGCAGCCCAUCAAAGUCGUUCCACUUCCAGCGGGAACAGAGCUCGAGUUGGCGAAAGCGCUGCACGUGCGACGAGCUGCCAUUGUGGCUUUGGAUUGUGAUGCACCUCGUUUAGCUGAAUUCGCAUCGAUAUUAGAGUCUCUGCCGAUAAUCACCGCACCUUGGCUGACAUCGACUGCCUCAGCUGCUCCUGCAAGACCAGCCAAACAGCUCAUUCCUACUCAUGUCAAGCAGCUUCGAACAACUACUCCCAAGGACAUGAAAAUGGCAAAGCUUGUCAGAUCGGAGGGAAGAGCUGCUGCCAAGGCUAAGGCAAAGGAAGCCAAAUUGAACAAGAAAAAGAAAGAAGUGUUAUAACUGUAGGCUACCGGAUGUCCGACAUGUAUGUACAUGGCGCGAAAAGUCACAUACGUAACGUGAUAAUGUGACAUAGUGACGCCACGCGUCUUCACUCAAUC